UAACGUAAGCGGUCACACUACAGUAAAUAUUGUUUGCUAAAAGGUUUACAAUGGUCGGCUCAAAUUUUGGCAUUAUCUAUCAUCCGAGUGCUGGCGGGGGCUCAUCUGGUCAAGCCAACAGUGGUAGCGGCACGGCCUCUGGAGUAAGCGGUGGCAAUAGCUUCAAUGCUAUUUCAGGCGGCGAUCGUUCUGCACCAGCAUCACAUCUCAGCGAUUUCAUGUUGCAACUAGAGGACUACACUCCUCUGCUCCCAGAUGCCGUGACUUCUCAUUAUCUGAAUAUGGGCGGCUUUCAUGCGGAUGACAAGCGCAUUGUUCGACUUAUCUCCAUAGCAACUCAGAAAUUCAUGUCGGACAUCAUUGACGAUGCAUUGCAGCAUUCCAAGGCGCGCACACACAUGCAAAACUCGAGCACACCCGGUGGCUCAAAGGCUAAGGAUCGCAAGUUUACCUUGACUAUGGAAGAUUUGCAGCCUGCAUUAGCUGACUACGGCAUCAAUGUGCGCAAAAUGGACUAUAGCCAGUAAGAUUCGGCGAUUUACGUAUUAAGUUGUUUUAUUUAAGUUACACCCAUAAAAAUAUGUCAAUCGAAAAGAAAGCCACAAGGUUCCAAUCUUCUUUUAGGGCUCCAAAUAAAUGUUGACAAAAUAGUCAGUUUGAUGUCACAGAACUUAAAUUAAUUAAAGUUAGAAUAAUGUCUUUUUAGGCUAUAAAUCACUAGAUUCA